GGUAUUUGUUUAUUAAGCGGCCUCUAUCCAUUGAGGCCAUUGGACCGGCUAGAGAAAUAGUUUGUUAAUUAUUUGAAAGGAAUGACAAGUUUCGAGGAGUUUAGACAUGCACGAGUAAUUGACUGCAAGCAGGGAGCUGUAAGAGCAGUGAGAUAUAAUGUGGAUGGUACGUACUGUUUGUCUUGUGGCUCGGACAAAAAAAUAAAGCUGUGGAACCAUAAAUCGGGCCUCUUACUAAAAACCUAUGGAGGACAUGCCGAUGAGGUUACGGACGCGGCUGGCAGUUGUGAAAGUAGCAACAUUGUUUCAGCUAGUUUGGACAAAAGUAUUAUAUAUUGGGAUGUAAGCACUGGAACGCCCGUUAGAAGGUUGCGAGGACAUGCAGGUGGUGUUAAAUGUGUAUGCUUCAAUGAGGACUCAUCCAUUGCCAUAUCUGGUGGUCGGGAUAAUGCUGUAUUUUGUUGGGACAUACGAACACGGCGGUUAGAACCAGUUCAAAUGAUGCGAGAAGCUAAGGAUUGCAUUACAACAGUAUUGUGUAAUGAAAACAAAAUAAUAACUUCGUCCUUAGAUGGAUGUAUUCGCCAUUACGAUAUCCGUGCCGGUGAAUUAACCAUGGACAAGAUUGGUGUCCCCAUAACGUAUAUAUGCAUGACAAGAGAUGAACAAUGUCUUGUGGCUGCUUGCCAAGAUAGCGUUGUACGUCUGCUGGAUUGCGAAUCUGGUGGAUUGCUAUCCGAAUAUAAAGGACAUGAAGCUGAUGAUUACCAAAUUGAAUGCGGUAUAAUGUCUAAUGACACACACAUCAUAUCAGGGAGUAGUCACGGAAAUGUAUUUGUAUGGGAUUUGUUGGAAAGUAAAGUGUUGCAAAACAUUGAAAUAAGUAAAACAGGAGGUGUGGUUCACUCCUUGGCCACUCACCCAAAACGUAAUGAGAUUUUAUUUGCCCGCCGAAGAGACAUUUAUAUUUAUACUUCGGAACCUGACGGUGACGAAUCCAUGGAUCUGACUUAAGUAACUCUAUAAACUUCUAAGAGGUUAAGUUAUCCAAACUAGUGUUAACAAAAUAUAUAGGAUUUGAUUUUGAUAUCUUA